GGAAUGGAGCAAUGGAACGACGCAGAAGGGAAGGGAAGAAGUAGGAGGCAGGGACAGAGGCCAGGAAAGGCAGAGAGGGGGGGGAAGAGAGAGAGAGAGAGAGAGAGAGAGAGAGAGAGAGAGAGAGAGAGAGAAGAGAGAGAGAGAGAGAGAGAGAGAGAGAGAGAGAGAGAGUUGAGUUCUUCAUCCGGUCCCUGCAGCGGCGCUCGCGAGAGCGAGAGAGAGAGAGCGAGAGAGAGAGAGAGAGAGAGAGAGAGAGAGAGAGAGAGAGAGAGAGAGAAGAGAGGAGAGAAAGAGAGAGAGAAGAGGAGGAGAGAGAGGAGAGUUGAGUUCUUCAUCCGGUCCUGCAGCGGCGCUCGGGAGAGCGAGAGAGAGAGAGAGGAAGAGAGAGAAGGCGAGAGAGAGGAGAGAGAGAGAGAGAGGAGAGAGAGAGAAGAGAGAGAGAGGGAGAGAGAGAGAGAGAGAAGGGAGAGGAAGAGAGAGAGAGAGAGGAACCUGAGAGAGAGAGGAGAACAGAGAGCCCAUGCGGUCUACCCGACGGAACCAGCGAGACAUUAGUCGCGCUGGUAGAGAAAUUUCAUCAAAUUUCUAGGUUACGUGAGCUGCUAGGUCACUUAGAGCAUUGUAGAUUGGCAGGGGUUGGGUUUCGUAGAUACAGAUGCAUUCAAAGUGGUUGAAUUGGGGGGAAUUGGUUGGAAGUCAAACCAAUCGAAUUUCCCCAAUCGAAUUUGCAACCCAACCUGAAUCCAGCCAACCGCACAGCAC